AAGGACUGAUGGAAGGAGGUACACUCAUUUCUUGCUGAAGUGGCUCACUGGUCCUGAGGUGGGAGUCUGUUGCUCUUGAGGAAGAAUGUACUGCAGGAGUGUGUGCUGUAACCGCUGGUCAUCUGAGGAGAGGUUAGAUGGGAAAACAGUCAUCAUCACCGGAGCCAACACUGGUAUUGGAAAAGAAACGGCCAGGGACCUGGCAAGAAGAGGUGCACGCAUCAUCAUGGCGUGCAGAGACCUGGAAAGGGCAGAGGAGGCCCGAACGGAAAUUUUGGAAGACACAGGAAAUGAGAAUUUGGUCAUCAGAAAACUGGAUCUCUCUGACACCAAGUCCAUUAGAGCAUUUGCUGAACUCAUCAACAAAGAGGAGAAACAAGUGAAUAUUCUGAUAAACAAUGCAGGCGUCAUGAUGUGUCCCUACUCCAAGACUGUUGACGGGUUUGAAAUGCAGUUGGGUGUCAAUCAUUUGGGUCAUUUCCUAUUGACCUACCUGCUGCUGGACCUCAUCAAGCGCUCAGCUCCGGCCCGCAUCGUCGUCGUGGCAUCGGUGGCCCACACUUGGACUGGAAUUCGACUGGAUGACAUCAACAGUGAGAGGAGUUAUGAUACAAUGAAGGCCUAUGGGCAGAGCAAACUGGCAAACGUCCUCUUUGCACGCUCACUUGCCAAAAAGUUACUAGGUACAGGGGUGAGCGUGUUCUCUCUGCACCCGGGGGUGGUGCAGUCUGACCUGUGGAGACACCAGCACCAAUGUAUCCAGGUGGCAGUGAAGAUCUUCAGGGUUUUCACCAAGACAACACUGGAGGGAGCACAGACCACCAUCUACUGUGCUGUGGAGCCAGGCCUGGACAGCCAGAGUGGAGGGUACUUCAGUGACUGCGCUCCUGCAAGGUGCUCAAGGACGGCUUCUGAUGAUGACUUGGCCCAAAAACUGUGGGAGAUCAGCUGCAACAUGCUUAGCAUCACUUGGCAGUGA